AUGGAAGCGGAGAGACCCAAGAUCAGGAACAUCCUCAAGUCACUUGCACGUAGACGCCGACAAGCUGCAGACAGGCAAUCUGAACUGUCCCUGGAGAUUGAUGCCUCAUCAUACGAGAGAGAACGAGUGAUAUGGUCUCGCCGCCGUUUCCAAAAGUGCCACUUGUAUCCGGCAAUUCAACCGGAGAAGAAACACACCCCUUGCCAUCCCACAGCACAAGAAUUCCAGUACGCUCAAAACAAAACGGCCCAAUUCCAAAAGUUCACUCACGGUGUGGUACUACUCUUGGGAGGAAUAGAGCUGGAGAGGGAAAGAUGCUUUAAUGGGCUGCCUCUCUGGUAA